CGAACAGCUAGGACAUAUUUCAGACGCGGACUAGCCUCGUUCAGAAUUCUGGGAAUUGUAGUCCUUUUUUACUUAAAGAUUUACCACUCGUCAGCAGAAAGAACUACAUUUCCCAAGAACGAGUACCCUGUGGCAUGCGUGGUUGAGAUAGUUUGUUGCUCCAGGAGUGGAGAAGCGUAGGACGGCUUUCUGAACAGAGACGUGAAAAGUGCGAAGUGUUUAGAUGGGCGCCAAGGCGGAAAACUAGGGAAUGGGAGAAAGGUAAUAUUUUCUGAAGCAUUCACUCUUACUGACAAGUAUUGUCCGAGUUUUCCUGAUUGCUCUGAAGUAGCAGGUAAAGUGGCCUCGUGAAUAGGAAUGCCUGCCAAAAUAUCAGGAUUGGAGAUUAUGGAUGAAGAUCGGUUAAUUGAAGAAGUCUUGGAUAAAUUUGUUAAUUGUCAUGAGCAAACAUAUGAAGAAUUUCUGAGCACUUUUACUCAUCUUUCAAAAGAGGAUAAUGGGACCAAAAAGGGAGCGUUUGGAACCGAUUCUUUAGAGAACGUAUUUACCUCAGUAAAAUUUGCUCAUAAAAUGGAACCAAAUGACCACCAUCUUAGAAAUAAAACCAUCUUUCUUCGUACUUUAUCACAAUGUUCGGAAGAAGAACAGAUCAUGAUGGACGAAGGCCAAAAAGUUGGCAGCUCUUUUCAAGGUGAUCUGAAUCGGGCAGGAAAGGUGAAGGUAGACAAUUUCCUAGAUUUAGAAGAUCUGGACAUGGAUGAAGAUAUUAAGCCCCAAAUGAGCAAGGAUUUGCUGCUGCUUCCAGGGGAGGUGGAACAGUACAUCAGCACCAGUGCUCCUUCUUACAUUCCUUCGGUGGACCAGAUUCUUACCCCUGAAGUAAAGCCAAGUACUACCACAAACAGAGCUGGCAAACCCAUGGAAGAGCUACUCGGAGAUGAAGUUCAUCCCUUCUCACUUGAUGAAGAAUUUGAUUAUGACAAGGUGAUGCUAACCCCCAAGUUUACUUCUGCAGAAAUGGACACCAUCAAACAGCUAUCCAAACAAAAGAAAGAGAACCCCAAUGGAGACUUAGAGGAACCCCAUGACUGAUUCACUAAGGCAACUUUGUAUUUGUUUUUAUUUUGCUCUUGUUCAAACAGAAUUAGAAUAAAAAAUAAACCUGUAAUCCCUUUUGUGUAAUUUUAUAUGUGUGCAUUCAUGUAUGAGAAUCAUUUGUCAAUAAGGAGAUACAGUGACCAAUAGGACUGACGAGGUCUCUACUCUCACUGAGAUCUCUUGUGCCAUAUAUUGCUGCAUUCCAUGGUAGGUGUUGAUGGAGGUGGGAAGUGGGACAGGAAGCAAUACCUACUGAAGGGUCUAUUUUGAUGAGAGUACUGCUUUAGGUGCUCUGAGGAUUGUAACAAAGAGUAAAGACACGAUCCCACCUUCUGGAGGGGGAAGAACAAUUGCACAUAUAAGUCACAUUGUAGCAUGUAGAGAGGAAGUGAUUACAUGGGGAAGACACUGGUUGCACCUGUGCAGAGACAGUGGUACAUACAUAAGUGCUGAGAGAGAUUGGGUUUCUGGGAUUGAUUGGGCAAGGCUUCACUGAAAAGCCAUCUAAGAAUUGAUUAUAUGUCAUUUAUUAAAUUCUUAACCCUUUAUUAUUACUAUUAAGCCAGAUGUGAUGAUAGUUCAAAGCACAAGGAAUGAUCUAUCCCCAGAAGCUUCAAAUAUAAUUUGAGAAGACAAGACAGAAAACAACUAGAGAAUGUAAAGCAUAUUAUGAAGUGCUAAUUGUGCAGAAUACCCAUAAUUGCAUUAAGGGAAGGGGAAAAGAGGGGUAUAGGUGCAGAAAAAAGGGGAGUAGUACGGAUGAAGUAGUUUUUAUUACUGAAGGGAUCAGUAACAAAUCAGAUAUACGUACUCUUAAUUGAUUUUCAUACAGACCUGUGCUUGUAUGUGUGUGUACUUGUGUGUAUGUAUGCAUAAAAAUUGCCAUUUAUAUUAUCUACAAAGGAAUGCUCUUGAUUUUGUAUUGGGGUAGAGUCAAGUGAUUUCCACACCUAUUUUUCUUUAUUCAUCCAACAGACUUUCAUAAAAUACCAUUUAUGUGCCAAGCCUUGUGCUAGGCAAUGGGGGAGGAUACAAGUAAAUUAGACAUGGGCUAAUUUAUUGGACAGGACAGAUAAUCCAGUAUAAUACCUACUAGCUGCAUGUAGCUGUUCAGCACUUGAAAUGUGGCUAAUGUGACUCAGGAGCUGAUGUUUAAAUAUUAUUUCAUUUUAGUUUAAAAUAAAAAAAUUUUGAUUCAGUUACUGUGAAACUAAGAACAUUUGGAACAACUUGGGUAUGUGAAUCUCAACUGUAAAUUUUAUGAAAUCUAUUCUAAGUACAGAUCACUUAUUUUUGAUGAGAACUUAGUGUCUAAAUUAAACUGUGCUGUAAAUGUAAACUGCACAUUGGAUUUCAAAGAAUUAAAAAAAAUUAAAGUAUCUUGUAUAGUGUCACUAUGAGUCAGAAUCAACUUGAUGGCAAUGGGUUUGUUGUUUUUUUUUUUGUUUGUUAUUUUUUAUGUUGAUUACAGAUUGAAAUGAUGAUGUUUUGGAUAUACCAUGUUAAGUAGAAUGUUAAAGUUCAUUAAUUUUACCUUUUUAGUGAGGCUACUAGAAAAUUUAAAAUUACACAUGUGGUUCGCAUAUUUUUAAGUGAUAGCAUAGCAGUAGAGGGUAAUCCAUGUUG